AGAAUACUAUCGUGCACGGAGUCCCAUUCCUUCUACGCUAAAGGACUGCAGCUUGCACCCUGUCCAUCACCGAGCCCCGCUACCCCACGUUUGUGCUCCAUUCUUCCCUCCUUCGACUCCUCCGGCCCUUUUGCUCUUCUUCCUGCUAACUUGCCUCCCUCAUUAACAGUCAUAGUAGACAACACAAUGCCUCCCAUUAUCCACUGCGUCCGUCACGCCCAGGGCGUGCACAACCUCUGCGUCGCCAACCACGUCGUCCCAGACCCCCUUCUCACCGAUCUCGGCAACGAACAAUGUCGUAAACUCCGCGAUACUUUCCCUCGCCACGCUCAGGUCGACCUCGUCACGGCCUCCCCACUCCGUCGCACCAUCUACACAGCCUUGCAGAGCUUCGAGCCCGUGUUCCAGUCACACCCAGACAUGAAGCUGAUCGCUCUUCCGGAUGCUCAGGAGACGAGUGACGUGGCUUGCGACACAGGAAGUGAUCCGGAGGUGCUACGCAAGGAGAUGGAGGAAAAGAACGUCCCGAUUGAUUUGGGAUUGGUGCAUGAUGGGUGGAACAAUAAGCAAGGCAAAUACGCACCUACUCACAAGGCCAUCAAGGAGCGGGCGCGGGCAGCUCGCCGCUGGCUGAAGGCGAGACCGGAGAAGGAGAUUGUCAUUGUCACCCACGGAGGUUUCCUGCAUUACUUCACGGAGGACUGGGAGGAUAGUAGCCAGUACCAGGGAACCGGAUGGGUCAACACCGAGUACCGGACGUAUGAAUUUACAAAGGAAGUUCACACAGAUGACCUCGAGGGAUACGAGCUGGACGGGGACAAUGCAACUCUGGUGGAGACCAUUGAAUCGCGCGAGCGACGUGGGAAGUCUGGGCCUAUGCCGGACCGCGAGCAGCAGAAGAUGCUGUACGAGAAAGGUACCCAGGGAUGGGACGACCAAGGCUUGCAGCUGAGUAUUGCAGAGCGGGAGGCGGCCAAGGUGCCGGAGGGUACAGAGGUGGAUGGUGUUCGAGUAUAGAUUCCCUUGUUGUCAGUUUCUUUGUAGAGUAUAGAGCAUGAUGUGGAAGAUGCCGGUAUACAGGUUUAGAUCAAAGAUCUGAUGCAUUGGAUUAUGAAUUUAACACAUUGCUCUUUGUCUUGCUCUUGUUUUACCCACAAUGAUUGUUGUCUGAAGCUGCACAAUGAAGUGCAUAGGUACCUGACUGUUAGUAUAGCUGGUCGAUCUAUAAAAAUGGCCACCGCAUAG